UCUCAUUCGAAAGUGUGAAGCAUGAGCGAACGCGACGAUCGCCACCGUGAAGAGCGCAGCCACCGCUCGCGGCACGACGACCGCGACAGGGACCGGGAUAGGGAGAGGCGUGACAGGGGAGACAGAGAUAGGGACCGGGACCGCGAGCGGUACAGUCGUAGGGUGGACGAGCGCGACCGGUAUGGAGGCCGGCGCGGUGGGUACGACGAUGCGCCGCCGCCGCGGCGCUACCGGGACGACGACCGGGGUGCGCGCCGGCCGCACGAUGACGAGCGCCCCCCUCGCCGGCGCGACGACGACCGCGGCGAUCGUCGUGGCGGAGGACGCCGGCAGGGCACGCCCGAGCGGCGCUCACCUACUCCCGAGGGCGCUGUCCCGCUCUCGCAGCGCAAGCGCAAGGCCACGGGCUGGGACGUUCACGCCCCGGGCUACGAGCAGUACUCGGCCAUGCAAGCCAAGCAGACCGGUUUGUUCAACCUCCCCGGCGCGAACCGCACGCAAAUUCCGCCCAUUCUGGGUAUCCCAGGUCUCCCGCCCCCCAUUCCCGUCGCCAGCUUCGGCAUGGGUAUAGGAGGCAACCCGAAUUUGUCGCGCCAGUCUCGCCGUUUGUAUAUUGGCAGCAUCACGCCGGAGAUUAACGAGCACAACCUGGCCGAAUUCUUCAACAGCAAGAUGACGGAGAUGAACAUUGGCACGGGUGGGCCUGGCAACCCUGUGCUCGCGGUGCAGUGCAACUACGAAAAGAAUUACGCGUUCGUCGAGUUCCGGAGCGCCGACGAUGCGACUGCCGCGAUGGCCUUCGACGGCAUCAUCUUCCUAAACGGCCCCCUCAAGAUUCGUCGUCCCAAGGACUACGAUAUUUCUGUCGCGUCGGCACCCAUGAUCCACGUCCCGGGAAUAAUCUCGACCAACGUCCCCGACUCCGCGAACAAGAUUUUCGUUGGCGGCUUGCCCGCGUACCUCAACGAAGAGCAAGUCCAGGAACUGCUUACCAGCUUCGGCGAGCUCAAGGCCUUCAACCUCGUCCGCGAGACCGGCACCGGUGCAUCAAAGGGCUAUGCGUUCUUCGAAUACGUCGACCCGAACGUGACGGACGUGGCAAUCCAGAGUCUGAACGGCAUGGAAUUGGGCGACCGCUUCCUCGUUGUGCAGCGCGCGUCUGUUGGCGCGAAGGACGGCACGAUACCCAAUCUCCCGGCCGAGCUCAUGCCCGCGAUCCCGAAGCCGAUUAUGCCUGCGGGACAGACAGACACGUCCGGCGAUGCGCGCGUACUGCUCAUGCUCAACAUGGUUACGCCAGACGAUUUGGUCGACGACGACGAGUACGGCGACCUGCUCGAGGACAUCAAGGAGGAGUGUUCCAAGUUCGGGCCCGUGGAGGACCUGCGCGUUCCCAGGCCGGUCAAGAAGGAGAAGAAGUGGGCUCCUGGAGAAGGCGGGAGGGAGGCGGCUGUCGAGGCGCAGCGCGCGGAUGAGGCAGCGGGCGUGGGGCGUGUGUACGUGAAGUUCGUGGAUGCGAAGGACGCGGCGGUGGCGUUGAAGAGUCUUGCUGGCCGUUCGUUCGCGGGUAGGUCGAUCAUUGCGACGCUGCUGAACGACGAGAGUCAGACGAACCCGCCGCUGCAUGUCGUUUUCGCCCCCCAGCCCGAGGCGCCGCCUCCUCUCCCUGCGCCUCCUAUGGAGGAGUAGGCCUGAUUGGGUCGGGAUAUUCUGUCGUAUCUGUGCUGUCUGUCUGCUUGCUAGUACGUGCUAAUGGAAUGAGAAUGUUGGCGAGA